AGCUGGCGAGAACCGAUAUGUAAGCUUGUCUGACAUCGGGCAGGCUUAGUGGGUUUCGGAAGUUGGAGUGGUAAGACUGAACGCAGUCGGGGCAGUGAGCGUGGAGUGAUUCUUAUAAUGUGGAAACUCAUUUUUGUGAAAGCAAGCGCGUGACACUGCCUGAACGCAAGGUAGCUGGAGGAAGGAUGAGUUCAGGGAAGGUCAGGCUAUCAGCAUGCACGAAGAUAAGUUCAGAGUGUGCAGGAUAACCGAACUGUCAACCUGAUGGCGUACCAGGUGCGUGUGUUCCAUCCUCUGGUACUUGCAACUUUGGGAAUGUGUCUGGUAACGUACUCCUCUUACUACGCUUCAACAGGAAUGUUUCAGUCCACGGCGCCAGGUUCAUCACGUACAUUCAUGAUGUCACGCUUACCUACAUCUUCUGAGAAUGUACCAGUUGCAGGAAAUGUGACAAUUUCUUCAUCAUUAACACAAGGUAUCUUAAGUCUAAACACAACAGCAUAUGCACCUGGUGCAGUUGCCAUCUCUGUGCCUUCUGAGGCUCCAGCAAACAAUGUGACUACUCAUCGCACUGCCUCACAAGUAAUUCAGAGAAUCUCACCCAAGGAAAAGGUUGCAAGCAGCGCAGCUUCCAACACCAGCAAUGUCACCUCAUCCGAUCGCACAGAGCAAGGGAUCUUGACGCGAUACAUAUACGAGUCUGGUUACAAAAUCUCAAAUGUUGAACUUUGUUCAGAAUUAGGCAAAAAUCUGCAACUACUAGUAGCUAUCACAUCUGCCCCCAGUCACAAAGAUGCUCGUAUGGCCAUUAGACAAACAUGGGGUCACUACAGCCAGCGUAGUGAUGUUAACAUAGCCUUCCUUGUUGGUUCAACCAAGGAUCUGCAUCUUGCAGAGGAGCUGAGAGAUGAAAAUAAGCUCUAUGGUGAUUUGAUUAUUGCUCAUUUCCUUGACUCCUAUAACAACCUGACCCUCAAAACAGUAUCCUUGCUGGAAUGGGUCAAUAACUAUUGUAACCAGAUUAAUUUCGUUCUUAAGACAGAUGAUGACAUGUUCAUAAACAUACCUAAACUGCUAAGCUUCAUACAGAAACAUGCCAAGGAGAAGCAAACCAUCUUUGGGCGUCUUGCAAAGAGGUGGAAGCCUAUUCGAAACAAGAAAUCUAAGUAUUAUGUUCCAAGUAACCAGUAUCAACCAGCUACUUUUCCUGACUUCACCACAGGUCCAGCAUACCUCAUGACUGGUGAUAUGAUUCAUGACUUAUACACUGCUGCUUUAGGGAAGACAUACCUCAAGCUAGAAGAUGUUUUCAUAACAGGAAUAGUAGCAGAGGACAUUAAAAUUAAAAGGACACAUGUAAAUGAAUUCUUUAACAAACGUAUUGCUUUGAAUGCCUGUAAUAUUCAAAAGGGCAUUAGUAUACAUAUGGUGAAGUUUCAUGAACAGUUCGACCUGUGGAAGAAGCUACUGGAUGGAAAGACAAAGUGCAAGUAAUUUCACUGUGCAUAUGAACUGCAAAGAAAGAAGUUUUAUAUGUAUUUAUUGGUUUCUAAACUUAAGAAUACUUUGGUAUUAUUUGAAUGGUAUUAUAUCCAAUCAGAGAUGAAAAAUAUUUUCAGUAUUUCUGUAUUCUGCAUUUGUGGGCUGUGAGAGAUUUAAUAUAAAAAAAACUUUAAAAAUACUCAUUUACUGGCCUUUUCAAAACCCAAAUAUCUAUCCUACAUCAUAAAAUGUAAUAAUUCUAACUUUGACAAUAAAAUAUUAUGAUUUGUAUUGUUUCUGA